ACAUGGACAGCACUUCAUGCAGGGUACUGUUGCUUCUUAUUUUUGUGCUGCCUGCAAUUACGGCAGUUGGCACCCAAGUCGUCAGCUAUGAUAACACUCGUAUGCUGGAGCUGAUUAAACAAACGGAAGCAGUCGAAGAUCAGCUCUCUCUUGCCGCAGCGACUUGGGGCAAACUACGCUCCGACUAUCCACGCGAUGUUCCCAAAAUCGAGAACUUUGCCACAACCUUGGCCCAUGUGGUCUGCCAGAGCAGCAAGAAUAUCACAAUGCAGCAGCUCUUGCAGGGCUACCUCCUGCGGGAAAACAUACGCCUGCAUCUGGCCACAUUGAAUACGACAGCGCUCUUCAAGGAAGCCCUGCAGGCCUCCGAUCACGAGCAGGGCAAGUGGCAGACGCAGAUCGCUAAGGAGUCCGAGAAGCUGCACUGCCUCUUCAAGCCCAAGCAGCUCCGUGAAUUGGUCAACACGUUGGUGCGUCGCUUAUACCAGCUGGAGCGUGGACGGCAAUUCGCCGCCUAUCUCUAUCAGCUGUACAUGCCCGGAAAUCGGGACUCCUACGAACUGAUGGUACAUGCCGAGCUGCUUCUGUUCGAGCGUUACGAGAGCGCGGGCCUCAGGCCAGCCACGUAUCGUGAGUAUAUGGCGCAGUUGUGGGAGGUUAUAAAACGGGAAGCGUUCUACGCCAGCCUGCCCCAGAAGUUGAAGGAUCGUCUCAUCGAUGUAGCAAUUUCAACUCUGAACGAUUGAGAAGCAACUCUGAUCAGCUAAAUAACUGUUCCCACUUAACGCUUACUUCCUUGCCAGGCUGAUAUUUAUGAUCUCUGCUUCCGUGGACGGAAACACAAAACUCGUGAACUGACUGCCAUAACUUAAUAGCUGAUUGAUCCAGAGAGCAAUUGUUGGCCAUUAGUCGAGCACCAAAUUGUUUAUUUAGCUUUGCCGCUAAUUUGUUUUCAAUUUGUUUGGCAUAAACAAUUCAUAAAGCAACGAACCGCCAAA